CAAUCAGAGGUUCCGGCGGCAACUGAGGACGUGGCUCUAAGGAAGCGCGCAGUUUGCCGGCUGCUUCCUGUUCCGUCGCGGGCCGAGGCCUGCUUUCCUGCGGGCCUUGCCUUGGACGAGGAUGAGGAGGAAACCCUGCAGAGGAGGCGGCGAAGGAGGAGGCGGAGGCAGCCGAGGCAGCGGCGGCUGAGGGGAGCCGGCCAUGGAGGAGCCGUUCAGCGGGGGCAGCGGGGAGGCCCUGGCCGGAGGCGGGAGGCUGGGGCCCGUGGAUGUGCCCAGCGCCCGCCUGACUAAAUAUAUUGUGUUGCUAUGUUUAACCAAAUUUUUGAAAGCAUUGGGCUUGUUUGAAUCCUAUGACCUCCUGAAAGUAGUUCACCUUGUACAGUUUAUCUUCAUAGUAAAGCUUGGGUCUGCAUUUUUUAUGAUUCUGUUUCAAAAGCCAUUUUCUUCUGGAAAGCCUGUUACCAAGCAUCAGUGGAUCAAAAUAAUUAAACAUGCUGUUGUUGGCUGCAUAAUUUCACUUUUGUGGUUUUUUGGCCUCACCCUUUGUGGACCUCUAAGAACUGUAUUGCUUUUUGAGCAUAGUGAUAUCGUGGUCAUUUCACUGCUUAGCGUACUGUUCACAAGCUCAGGAGGAGGACCAGCAAAGACAAGAGGUGUGGUCUUUUUCAUUACUGCUGUGAUCUGCCUCUUGCUUUUUGAUAACGAUGACCUCAUGGCUAAAAUUGCAGAACACCCUGAAGGGCACCAUGAUAGUGCUCUUACCCACAUACUUUAUACAAUCAUUGCUUUCUUAGGAGUUGCAGAUCACAAGGGAGGAGUAAUCUUAUUAGUUUUAGCAUUGUGUUGUAAAGUUGGUUUUCACACAGCUUCCCGAAAGCUUUCAGUAGAUAUCGGUGGAGCCAAACGCCUUCAAGCAUUGUCUCAUCUUGUUUCUGUCAUCAUUUUGUGCCCAUGGGUUAUUGUUUUAUCUCUGACAACAGAGAGUAAAGUAGAAUCCUGGUCUUCUCUCAUCAUGCCCUUCCUAACAGUUAUCCUAUUUGUUAUGGUUUUGGACUUUUAUGUUGAAUCUGUAUGCUCCAUCAAGAUGGAGGUCUCAAAGUGUGCCCGUUAUGGCUCCUUUCUAGUUUUUAUUAGUGCUCUACUUUUUGGAAACUUUUGGACACAUCCAAUAACAGACCAGCUUCGAGCUAUGAGCAAACCAGCACACCCAGAAACCACAGAGCAUGUUAUUUCUGGAGGAGUGAUUGUCAGUGCCAUCUUCUUUAUAUUAUCUGCUAAUAUUCUCUCCUCUCCAACACGGAAAGGACAGAAAGGCACUCUCAUCGGUUAUUCUCCAGAAGGAAUACCACUAUACAAUUUUAUGGGUGAUGCUUUUCAACACAGCUCUCAGUCUUUACCUCGAUUUAUUAAAGACUCGUUAAAACAAAUCCUCGAGGAGUAUGACUCAAGGCAGAUCUUCUAUUUUUUGUGCCUAAAUCUGGCUUUUACUUUUGUGGAACUCUUUUAUGGUGUGUGGACCAACAGUCUAGGAUUGAUAUCAGAUGGAUUUCACAUGCUGUUUGACUGUUCAGCUUUAGUUAUGGGUCUGUUUGCAGCAUUGAUGACAAGAUGGAAAGCAACACGCAUCUUCUCCUAUGGGUUUGGUCGUGUAGAAAUUCUCUCUGGGUUUAUUAAUGGCCUUUUCCUCAUGGUAAUAGCUUUCUUUGUCUUCAUUGAGUCUGUGGCCAGGCUGGUUGAUCCUCCUGAUAUUGAUACAAACAUGUUGACGCCUGUCUCGGUUGGAGGAUUACUGGUAAACCUUGUUGGUAUCUGUGCCUUUAGUCAUGCCCAUUCCCAUGGACCUUCUCGAGGAGGAUGCCAUGCACAUGAACAUGGUCAUUCACACCAUGGCCAUAGCCACAGUCAUGGCCAUGGCCAUUCCCACAAUGACUACGGGCACGGUCAUAGUCAUGGACAUUCAUCAGGAGGUGGCAUGAAUACCAAUAUGAGAGGAGUAUUUCUUCACGUUUUGGCAGACACCCUCGGUAGUGUCGGUGUGAUCAUAUCGACAAUACUCAUUCAGCAGUUUGGAUGGCUGAUAGCUGACCCCCUCUGCUCUCUCUUUAUUGCUACAUUGAUUUUCCUCAGUGUUAUCCCACUUAUCAAGGAUGCUUGCCAGGUGCUCUUGUUGAGGCUGCCACCAGAACAUGAAAAGGAUUUACACAUGGCUUUGGAAAAGAUCCAGAACAUUGAUGGUGUAAUUUCCUACAGAGACCCUCAUUUCUGGUGUCACUCUGCUAGCAUUGUGGCAGGCACUAUACAUGUCCAAGUGAUGUCGGAAGUCAUGGAGCAAAGAAUCAUACAGCAGGUUUCAGCAGUUCUCAAAGAUGCUGGUGUCAACAAUUUAACAGUCCAAGUAGAAAAAGAAGCCUAUUUUCAGCAUAUGUCUGGCCUCAGCACAGGGUUUCAUGAUGUCCUUGCUAUGACAAAACAAAUGGAAUCUUUGAAAUACUACAAAGAUGGGACUUACAUCAUGUGACUCAGAGCUACGUCUAUCAGUUCCUUAUCUGGAUGAUAUCAGGGGAAUUUGCACAUAAAUGUACAGAAACAUGUAUAUUAUAUAUUUGGAUUUUUAGGGGGGAAAGUAUUAUAACAUUAAAACCUAAUCAGGAGGUUUAAGAAGUAAUGGAACACUUGGAACAUAUGCUGUAUAUGUGGACAUGGUGGCGAUGUAAAAAUACUGUAUUUGGUGUUUAUUAAAACAAAUGUUGCUAUCAGAGUGUGGAUGAGCACAAAUGUAUUGCACACUUUCCCCAAAAAGGAAUAUUGAGCAUUUCUCUUCCAUCUCUGACCUAAAGGAAAUUGUUUUAGGUUUUACUAGAAACAAGUAGACUCCAAAAACAAUUUCUUCAAAAUUAUUUUGAAGUAGUGCUGCUGUAUGUGUAUUUACACAUAAAGAUUAAUGCAAAAAGGUAUUUCCAUUCAUUACAUACAAAUGAAUCUGUACAAUUUUAUAUUUAUUCCAUUUCUGUAUAAAAUCCUAUUUUCUAAGCUCAGCUUUGUAAAAUGAAGGGUGAUAGAUUCUACCAUUUAAAAAUCAUCAAUGAGCUAAUUUUUAAGCAAAAAAAUCUGAUAGAUAUAUUGGCAAUGAGCAAGGGAGAAACAAAACUACAUUUUUGUUGGUACACUCCUGUUUUUGUUCAGUUGAAAAAUUAAUUUGAACCACUAUGUAAAAUAAACAUUUCAUAAUUUUUA